AUGUUGAGCUUGAUUCUCGAUGUCCAUCUGCUGGGAGUGCUUAUCAUUAUGCUUAUAUUUGUCUUGGUGAAGGACAAACUUCAUGUGUUCUUAGCUCGACAAACCAUACCCGGACUUGGUAUUGUGGUUGAUCCUUGUGCAGCACUGCUGAGCUCAUUAGUACAAGCAAUUGUAGCAUCAGUGAAUCUUUCAAGACUGGCUGGGUUGGAUAUGAUCUUCCUGAUGGUUAUUGUUGGAUUGGUCCCUUACUAUACUUUGGAUCCUGAUACUCCUAUCUCCUCUACAUUUGGAGACAGUGUGAUGCAAUGGGCAGCGUACAUCUUAACUACUGGGGCAAUAACUGCUACUAGAUAA